GCCGAGGAAGAAGGAGCGAGGGCGGGCGAGGCUCUGCAGCCGGCAACUCCGCGUGCGCCCCCAACCGCGGCCGCCCGAGGGGAGCCAAACUUUGACGCGAGCCUCCUGCCUAAAUUGCCCUGUCCAGGAUGACUGACAGUAACAAAAAUGGAAGCAGCCGCUCCAGCACCGGCAGCAGCCGCCUGCAGAGCAAGAAGCCGCCCAACCUCUCCAUCACAAUUCCUCCAGUGGAGACAGAGGACGACAGCAACCAGACACAGCUUCUGAAGAAAAACCCAGUUUUCCAAAAGAGCGUGAGCCUCCAAGAAUCCAGGCUGAAAAGGCAGGACAGCAACUUUGAAAAACAUCCUGGCUUACACAGACAAACUUCACUGUCCCAGAGUAUUCGCAAGGGAGCAGCCCAAUGGUUCGGAGUCAGCAGCGACUGGGAUGGAAAGCGGCAGCACUGGCAGCGCAAGAGCCUGCAGCACUGCAGCCUGCGGUAUGGAAAACUCAAAGCCCCCUACCGAGAAAUGGAGCUGCCCAGCCAAGAAGUGCCUUCCUUCCAAGGCACGGAGUCUCCCAAGCCCCAGAAGAUGCCCAAGAUUGUGGACCCCUUGGCUCGAGGCCGUCCUUUCCGGCACCCAGAUGAGGUGGAUCGCCCACGCACCCCACAUCCUGUCCUGCCUCCUCUGACCCCUGGAGUCAUCUCCUUAACGUCCUUUGGUAGCACAAGGUCUGGCUACACCCGUCUUCCCCGCCGGAAAAGGGAAUCUGUUGCCCAUAUGAGUUUCAAGGCAGCUGCUGCUAUGAUCAGAGGACGCUCGGGCCUGGAGCCCCUGGCAUCCAAACGGAGGGGUAACAAACGGAGCUUUAUGUAUCCCAGCUUCAUGGAUGAGGAUGUGGUGGAUGGCAUGGAAACCUUUGACUCCUCAUUCUUCAGUAAGGUUGACGUACAUGAUGAGAUGUGCUCCAUGCCAGAUGAUGUGUUUGAAUCCCCACCCCUCUCAGCCACUUGUAUCCAAGGGCACUCCCAGCCAGAGGAGGGCAAGACACCCGAGGCUGAGCUCCCGCUUCAGCGUAUAGGAUUGUCUGGCAAGGGCCUCCCGCCAGCAGCUGCUGCUUCCAAGAGGGGCAAGCGAAUUGCUUCUCGGGUUAAACACUUUGCCUUUGAUCGCAAGAAGCGCUACUACGGGCUGGGAGUGGUGGGCAAGUGGCUGAACAGAACCUACCGCCGGAGCAUCAGUAGUGUGGUGCGUUCACAACUGGAGCUCACGGACAACCAUAGGCCCUACUUCACCUACUGGCUUACCUUUGUCCACAUCAUCAUCACCCUGCUGACAAUUUGCACCUAUGGAAUCGCCCCGAUUGGCUUUGCCCAGCACCUGACGACCGCAUUAGUACUGCGGAACAAGGGCGUGUAUGAGAGUGUGAAGUACAUCCAGCAGGAAAACUUCUGGAUUGGGCCAAGCUCGAUUGACUUGAUCCACCUGGGAGCCAAGUUCUCUCCCUGCAUUCGGAAGGACCAACAGAUUGAGCAGGUGAUCCAAAGGGAGAGAGAGCAGGAGCGCCUUUCCGGCUGCUGCGUGCAGAAUGACAACUCUGGCUGUGUUCAGACUCUGGAGAAAGAUUGCUCGGAAACGCUGGCCACUUUUGUAAAGUGGCCAAAACAUAACCCACCAGAGAUUGACCCCAGCAAUUCCAGUCUGAAGAGGUCAUCAGGAGCUGUGUGCGCUCAGGAUCCCAGGACUUGUGAGGAACCUGCUUCAAAUCGACCCCACAUCUGGCCAGAUGAUAUCACCAAGUGGCCGAUAUGUACUGAUCAAGCCAAAAGUAACCAUACUGGCUUACUGCAUAUGGACUGUGACAUUAAAGGAAGACCGUGCUGUAUUGGCACCAAAGGCAGCUGUGAGAUCACUACUAGGGAGUACUGUGAGUUCAUGCAUGGUUACUUCCAUGAAGAAGCAACUCUCUGUUCACAGGUCCACUGCAUGGACGAGGUGUGUGGCCUCUUGCCAUUUCUGAACCCAGAGAUUCCUGAUCAGUUCUAUAGACUCUGGUUGUCCUUAUUCCUUCAUGCAGGGAUUAUCCACUGUCUGGUGUCGGUGAUCUUUCAGAUGACGGUGCUCAGGGAUUUGGAGAAGCUGGCAGGCUGGCUUAGAAUCAUGAUCAUUUUCAUCCUCAGUGGCAUCACGGGCAACCUGGCUAGUGCCAUCUUCCUUCCAUAUAGGGCAGAGGUGGGCCCAGCAGGAUCACAGUUUGGCUUGCUAGCCUGCCUGUUUGUUGAGCUCUUCCAGAGCUGGCAAGUCCUAGAGAAGCCCUGGAAGGCUUUCCUGAAUCUUUCUGGCAUUGUCCUUUUCCUUUUCAUCUGCGGUCUGCUGCCAUGGAUCGACAACAUUGCGCACAUUUUCGGCUUCCUCAGUGGCCUCUUGCUCUCCUUCGCCUUCCUGCCCUACAUCACCUUUGGCACCGUGGACAAGUACCGCAAGCGGGCCAUGAUUAUCGUCUCACUGCUAGUCUUCAUCGGUCUCUUUUCAUCUCUUGUAGUCUGGCUCUACAUAUAUCCCAUUAAUUGGUACUGGACAGAGUAUUUAACCUGCCUGCCUUUCACUGCCAAGUUCUGCGAGAAGUACGAGUUGGACCAGGUCUUGCAUUGACAGAUCAUGGAGGUGGCUGAACAGGUUUGGUGGAUUUUUAAACCUGCUAUAUUUUGAGCAGCAAGGAGCCUUGGCUGUCAGAAGCGAUGCAACUUUGUUUCCAGCUUCCCUUUGGAUUCCACACCACCCAUAAAACAAGUGCCAAAGCAGAACAGCUGGGCAGGCCCUGUUGCCUUGGUAAACCUCCUGGAUGCAACAAGAAGAAUAUAAGCAGGCACGCCGCUUCUACAGCUCUCUGACUUCUGGGAAUCGUUUAGCUGUUACUGGGAGGAAAAGCUAUGGAGAAAGAUCAUUCCUCCACUGACAUCGUGUGCCCCGGGUGGGUUAGAGUCUUUCUUACCAAGGGCUUUUGCAGCCUGGUGCCUGCAGCAGGUGGCAUCUUCUGCCCAGCCUUGGAUACCAAGACACCUUCCACAUGCAGUUUGCAGGAUAAUGGAGACGACCAGCGUUGUACGUUGCAUCCCUUCUGAUCAGCCGGCAAAGGAGUCAGUGGCUGACUUUAUCUGUGAAACUGACUGGGGCCAUUGGUGGAAUGGACGUUAAAGUGACCGUUAUAAAGCACCUUAGUGAUGGGACCGCAUCUUGUUGGACUGCUUAUAUUGACCACCUCCCUUCUACUCUGAUUUCCUACUUGAAGUCUGAUUUUUAUGCAAUUCCUGAUUCGAGGGUUCCUUUCCUUAUGCCUUUUGGCACUAGAUGGUGCUUGGACUGUGUGACAGUUUGUGCCUUUUUUGAGGUACUACGAAUUGUACUGUGAAAAUAAACCCCCCUGUGUCUAUGGGGUAUUUUUAUACAUUUCUUCUUCCAUUUACAGUUUUUGUAUGUCCCUGGAGCCAAAUACUUUCUGGCAAAGAACAUUUGAGCUUUUAAAGAAACCUUGUGCCAUCUUUAAGAAGUGCUGGUACCUAUCCAGCAUUCAUACUGGGUGAAUAAUACAGCCUCCUUGGAUUUCUUAUAGAAGAGGACUUGAAGGAUUUCUUCCCUCUAAAAAAGAGGAAGGUCAAGAAGAUUCUGCAGAGACAGAUGAACUGGGAAGUGGGAGAAAGGAUAUUUUUGGUCUAAAUAAAUUAAUGAUGAAUUUAAAACAA